AUGAAAAGCGUACCAGUUACUGAACUGGAAGUAUAUGAAAAAUUGUUCAAUAUUAUUGAACAAUUUGCUCAACAUCAAAAUCUCUCGUUUUAUUUAACAAGAUUACAUGACGAACUUUAUCGUAAAAUGCAUCCUCAAACAACAAAACCAUAUCCUCCUGAGGUUGCUUAUUAUUGGGAAUCUAUACGUUUCCAUUCAUCUGAACGAGUGUUACAGCUUCUAAAAGGGAAUAAUAACAACAGCAAUAUUCAUGUUCCUCAUCCGGAUUCCCUUAAGAAUUGGGCAGGCCCACCUAUUUAUGGUCACCUAUACACGGACGAAACUAUUAAGAAACUAGUCACAACCACUCUAGAACAACAUGGAUCAUGUAUUGCUCUUAUUUCAUGGGAUAUUGUAACUGUUAGACCAUGCUUGUCUUAUGGUCAAAAUGGCUAUGCUUUUGGAUUAGAUUCAGGUCCUGUUACACAUACACAAUUUUUACAAGAAAAUUAUUCGUCAGAUAAUUUUGCGAAGAAGGCCAUUGUAUUUCAAAUUAUUGAUUUAUAUGGCAACUUUUCAAAUGUUUGUGCUGUCUUUGCUCUUCCAAAUUCCAAUAUGUUCUCUUUUAUUAUGGACAAGGUUAGAGAAAUAGAUCAAAAAUGGUCUGUUCAUGAAAAAUUUUGUAUAAUUGGUUUUGUCACGGAUGGUGAGUUUGAACCAGCUACAGUAGAGAAUUUUUUGAACAACAAUAAUGAGCGCAAACAAUGGACUCAUUGUGAAGAUUACAUUCACAUUCUCAAGCGAUUAAGAAAUCCAUUAAUUGACAGCAGUCAUGCAAUAUCUAUGAUGGGUUUGAUUUAUCUGACUUCCAAGUACGACAAUCUUAAUAGAAAGUUAAGGAGAUCAGAUUUAAUCGUCAAAGAUGAAAUGAAUGUAGAAAGUUGUUUGAAUCUCAUUAAGGAGGAUGUAUUGCAAGCAUUACAAACAAUUAGAUCUAACUUAAAAGAAGAAUUUCAUGAUAAUCUUCCUUCUGUACCAAAUUUCUUCAAUAACUUUGUUCUUAGUGACAGCAAGAAUAUUCAUAAGAGUGGAAUAACAGACUUUAUUAUGAAAGAUAUUGAUAUUGCUAAUUUAAACAAAAUGACAGAAAAACAAUUGAACGAGUAUUUCAAAAAAAAUACAAUAUUCCGACACUCACCAUCCAAGAAGAAUAUACUAUUGUUGAUUCUAUGUAUUAUUAUUUAUGGCAUACUCGAAAAUUCUAUUACGCCUGUCAUGAUGAAAAGCUUUCAUUGGAGGCUAAAUUGA